CUUGCGAAACGUUCUUCGCUGAAAUGUUCACACAGUUUUUCCACGAGGUGUGCUUUGUUGCCGACGUAGAUAAACCUAAACUUCGCAAUUUUUCACGCAAUUGCUCAACUUUUAGUUCACUGAAUUUCGGCAUUUUCGAAUGCAUUAGUUUCCACAAACCUGGACCUAGAAUCAAAAGGGUAAAUGAUGUAUCUUGUUUUGCCGGUGAAACAAUCAAACUGGAAAUAGAAAUCGAUGCUUUUCCUAAACCUCUUAUUAAUUUAACAAAUAACGGUAGAGAUAUUACUAAUGAUGCAAACGUAAAACUUUCCACUAGUUCAAUAGGAAAAUGUACUGAGAAUAUUGUAUUAGAAGUUAGCAACAUAGAACUCCAUCAAAGUGGAAACUAUUCAAUUCGAGCUACAAACGAUAUAAGCCAAUCUUCUGAAUAUUGGCAGUGCAUUGUUAAAUCAAAACCAAUUAUAAUAAAGCAUUUAGAGGAGGAAUACGUAAAUGGGGAAAAGGAAACCGUUAUAAUGAGUGUUAAAGUUGAUGCUUUUCCGGAAGCUAAAGUCCGAUGGUUUCAAGACGGGAAUGAGAUUAAUCUCGUCAAUAAUGUAAAAUAUAGUUCCUCUGUGGAAGGGAAUGAACAUGUACUUAAAAUAAAAGAAGUAACUCGCGUCGACUCCGCAAAAUAUGAAGUAAUAGCAGAAAAUGAACAUGGCUGUGCAUCAAGUGAAACAAAAUUAUUAAUAAAAUGCACUCCGGAACUCACAAAGAAGUUGUCAAAUAUUAUAGUCACCGAAGGUGAUUGCAAUGUUGAUUUAGAAGUUCGUGUUCAUGCUUACCCACCGCCGAAGAUUCAAUGGUAUAUAGAUGGUAUAGAGAUCGAUGAAAAAAGAAAAGAAUUUCGCCGAGUCGAGGAGAACAACGUAUACAAAUUGGUACUUAAAGAAGUCAACACAUCAAUGCAGGGCACAUAUUGCUGUAAAAUUAUGAACGAUUAUGGAAAACUUGAGAAUGAAUGCAUAGUGACAGUAAACUGUAAACCAAAAAUUAGAAAACCAUUGAAGGAUACUGAAGUUCAAGCAAAUGGAACGCUUACUUUAGAAACCGACAUUUAUGCAGUGCCCGAACCAACUGUUAAGUGGUUUAAAGAUGGACAAGAAAUUGAAGCUGACGCACGUGUAAAAAUUUCACGAGAUUCUUAUCGCUCCGAGGAUUAUUUCUUGUCUCUUACAAUUUGUCAACCAAAGGACGCUGGUACGUACGAAGUGAAGGCUUUAAACAGCAUCGGGGAGAGCCAGUCGCAGUGCAAGGUGCUAAUUUUGAAUGAGCUAGUCACAAAAGAUGAUGUCGAUGGAGAAAAAAUACAAAGCGUGGAAAAAGAGGCAAUUCCUGAGAUUCAACACGCGGACAUUUUAGAAAAACACAGCUUCGAAUCAGUGCCACUAAAAUAUGAAAUUAUCGCCAAAGGGAUCCCUAAACCGGAAGCUCUGUGGUAUCAUGACGGCAAGCCAAUUCAUGCUGACAAUCGUGUGGCAACUUUUGUUGACGGUGACAAAUAUAGACUGGAGAUAAAAGAACUUGAACUUUCAGACGCCGGUGAAUAUAAAGUAAUAAUCAAAAAUAAAUGUGGUGAAAAAUCCUUGCAAGGAGUUCUUUCUUUAUCUGGUGUUGCAGAGUAUCGAAAGCCUCUUCUGAAAAGUGGUUUACGCGAUAUUACUACUAAUAAAGGGCACUCGUUAGCAAUACCAAUUGUAUUCACUGCAGAUCCUCAGCCUAAAAUUACAUGGCUCAAAGAUGGGAAACCUUUGAAGGAACAAGACAAUUGUAAUAUAAAUGAAACUGUGAAGGAUAUUGAAAAUGGUCUCAAGGAAUACACGUAUACCUUAAAUUUCGAUGAAUGUCAACAUAAGGAUUCUGGACAUUAUGAGCUGCAGAUACUAAAUAAAUAUGGUGAAAUAAGUACCAGUGGCUGGAUUGAUGUUUUAUCAAAGCCAGAAAUUAUUGGUCUCAAAGAUUGCAGUUGUCUUCCUGAUGAUACCAUAGCUUUUGAUGCCAUAAUUUAUGCAAAUCCUAAACCUAAAGUUACGUGGACUCGAGGAAACGAAAACCUCUGCAACAAUGAAAACUGCGAAGUAAUUGCCGACCUAGAUGGCGAUAAAUACAGACUAGUUUUCCAAUGUGUUAAGCCUGUGGAGGAUGGGUUAUACACAUUAACUGCAGUCAACGACCAGGGAACGACUACAUCGAGCUUCCAUCUCAAUGUAAAAGGUCAACAUAAGGAUUCUGGACAUUAUGAGCUGCAGAUACUAAAUAAAUAUGGUGAAAUAAGUACCAGUGGCUGGAUUGAUGUUUUAUCAAAGCCAGAAAUUAUUGGUCUCAAAGAUUGCAGUUGUCUUCCUGAUGAUACCAUAGCUUUUGAUGCCAUAAUUUAUGCAAAUCCUAAACCUAAAGUUACGUGGACUCGAGGAAACGAAAACCUCUGCAACAAUGAAAACUGCGAAGUAAUUGCCGACCUAGAUGGCGAUAAAUACAGACUAGUUUUCCAAUGUGUUAAGCCUGUGGAGGAUGGGUUAUACACAUUAACUGCAGUCAACGACCAGGGAACGACUACAUCGAGCUUCCAUCUCAAUGUAAAAGUCGAGAAGCCGACAUUUAUAACAUUACCGGAGGAUCAAUCAGUACAGGACUAUUUCCCGGCCGUUGUACAUGUGCUGGCUCAUGGCAUACCGAAACCGACAAUUGAAUGGAAAAAAGGUCUUACGAUAAUCCACGACGGAAUUAAGAAAAUGAGUAACGAGGAAACGUAUAGUUUAAAACAUUUUUCACAAGGUUCAGAUCAAUUGGGAAGCCAAUUUGAAAUAUCUAAUUUUAAGCCUACAGAUGCUGGAACGUAUUCUGUUGUUGCUAAAAACCAAAUAGGCUCCAGUGAGGCACAAUUUCAACUUUCCCUUUUGGAAUUGGCUCCAUCAUUUGAAUCAAAGUUCGAUAACGCCAAAGAAAUAUCUCAAGAUGAAGACCUCGUCCUGCAGUGCAAAGUGCUCGGAAGUCCCCUUCCACUAAUUCGUUGGUUUAAGGAUGGUGAAGAAUUGAAACCAAAUGAGCAGUAA